CAGCCACCAGCGGCGGCGCCGCUGCCUUAGCUGCCGCCGCUGCUGUUGCCCGUGCGGACGCUGCGGCUGGCGUGCUCGGGCUGCGGGACUGCGGGGCUGCGGGCCCGGAGCGGGGCUUGGCGGCCCUGGCCGGCCAGGCGACGCCGGCGCCGAGCGACACACCAGCAUGAGACGGAGAUUAAUGUGACAGAAUCGGGUGGAUCAACAGCCAUCCCAUUGCCCCCUUUGUUGGGGGUGCUGAGAGUGGGGAAGCAUGGAGGACAGUAAGAAUGAGACAAUGAAUCGCGCUCACAUCCUCUUUGACCGGUUUGUGCAGGCCACCACCUGCAAGGGAACCCUUAAGGCCUUCCAAGAGCUAUGUGACCACCUAGAACUGAAGCCUAAGGACUACCGCUCCUUUUAUCACAAGCUCAAGUCCAAGCUUAACUACUGGAAAGCCAAAGCCCUGUGGGCAAAGUUGGACAAGCGGGGCAGCCACAAAGACUACAAAAAGGGAAAAGCAUGCACUAACACCAAGUGUCUCAUCAUUGGAGCUGGCCCCUGUGGUCUCCGUACAGCCAUUGACUUAUCCUUAUUGGGAGCUAAAGUGGUUGUUAUUGAGAAACGAGAUGCCUUCUCCCGCAACAAUGUCUUGCAUCUCUGGCCAUUCACCAUACAUGAUCUACGAGGUCUGGGUGCCAAGAAGUUCUAUGGCAAGUUCUGUGCUGGAGCUAUUGACCAUAUCAGUAUCCGUCAGCUUCAGCUAAUACUUUUGAAAGUAGCCUUGAUCCUAGGCAUUGAGAUCCAUGUCAAUGUGGAAUUCCAAGGCCUUGUACAGCCUCCUGAGGACCAAGAAAAUGAACGGAUAGGUUGGCGGGCACUGGUCCACCCCAAAACCCAUCCUGUAUCAGAGUAUGAAUUUGAAGUGAUCAUCGGAGGGGAUGGCCGUAGGAACACCUUGGAAGGAUUUCGCCGGAAAGAAUUUCGUGGCAAAUUGGCAAUUGCCAUUACAGCAAAUUUUAUUAACCGAAAUACAACAGCAGAAGCCAAAGUGGAAGAGAUCAGUGGUGUGGCUUUUAUUUUCAACCAAAAGUUUUUCCAGGAACUGAGAGAAGCCACAGGUAUCGACUUGGAGAAUAUUGUCUACUACAAAGAUGAUACACACUAUUUUGUUAUGACAGCCAAAAAGCAGAGUUUGCUAGACAAAGGGGUGAUACUGCAUGACUAUGCCGACACAGAGCUCUUGCUUUCCCGGGAGAACGUGGACCAAGAGGCUCUGCUGAACUAUGCCAGGGAGGCAGCAGACUUCUCCACUCAGCAGCAGCUGCCGUCUCUGGAUUUUGCCAUCAAUCACUAUGGGCAGCCUGACGUGGCCAUGUUCGACUUCACUUGUAUGUACGCCUCUGAGAAUGCUGCCUUGGUGCGGGAGCAGAAUGGACACCAGUUGUUAGUGGCUCUGGUUGGGGACAGCCUCCUAGAGCCUUUUUGGCCAAUGGGAACAGGAAUAGCCCGGGGCUUCCUAGCUGCUAUGGACUCUGCCUGGAUGGUACGAAGUUGGUCUCUAGGAACAAGCCCCUUGGAAGUCCUGGCUGAGAGGGAAAGUAUUUAUAGGUUGCUGCCUCAGACCACCCCUGAGAAUGUGAGUAAGAACUUCAGCCAAUACAGCAUAGACCCUGUCACCAGAUAUCCCAAUAUUAACAUCAACUUCCUCCGUCCAAGCCAGGUGCGUCAUUUAUAUGAUACUGGAGAAACAAAAGAUAUUCAUCUGGAAAUGGAGAACCUAGUGAAUUCCCGAACUACCCCAAAGUUGACUCGUAAUGAGUCUGUAGCUCGUUCAAGCAAACUACUGGGUUGGUGCCAAAGGCAGACAGAUGGCUAUGCAGGGGUAAAUGUGACAGAUCUCACUAUGUCCUGGAAAAGUGGACUGGCUCUGUGUGCGAUCAUCCAUAGAUACCGCCCUGAUCUGAUAGAUUUUGACUCUUUGGAUGAGCAAAAUGUGGAGAAGAAUAAUCAGCUGGCCUUUGAUAUUGCUGAGAAAGAACUGGGCAUCUCUCCCAUCAUGACAGGCAAAGAAAUGGCCUCAGUGGGGGAGCCUGACAAGCUGACUAUGGUGAUGUACCUGACUCAGUUCUACGAGAUGUUCAAGGACUCACUCCCCUCCAGCGAUGCCUUGGACCUGAAUGCUGAGGAGAAAGCAGUCCUUAUAGCUAGCACCAAAUCUCCCAUCUCCUUCCUAAGCAAACUUGGGCAGACCAUCUCUCGGAAACGUUCUCCCAAGGAUAAAAAGGAAAAGGACUUGGAUGGUGCUGGAAAGAGGAGAAAGACCAGUCAAUCGGAAGAGGUUUUGGGUGUUGGUGUUUAUCAGGAGGAAGCACCCCGGGGCUACAGAGGAGGAAGGCCCACACUGGUGAGCACUCUGACAGACAGGAGGAUGGAUGUGGCCCUUGGCAAUCAGAACAAAGUGAAAUACAUGGCAACCCAGCUGCUGGCCAAAUUUGAAGAGAAUGCACCUCCACAGUCCACUGGCAUGAGGAGACAGCCGACACAAGAGCGUGGGGUCAGCCAGCCGUCCUACUGCCUACCUGAGCAGGGUCGCCCUGCUCCCACCCCCCAGUGGAAACAGCGACGGGAAAAGGAGUGUUCUCGGACCUGCCCCAAAAAAGUGAUCACACUCUCUCCUCCCCCUUCUCCACCUCCCUGUCGGGCGCCUGGCAGCCAGCAGACGUACAGGGAUCUUGAUGCUGACAGCCGUGGCAAGCAGAGUCCCCACCAUGAGAGGCCAGAGCCUGAACCUUCUCGCCGAUUUUUUGUUGACCAGUGGGAGCUUUCUCUUAGUCUUCGCUCCUCCAACCGCCCCGCCUCUCCCUCCUCUGACUCUCUCCGACAGAAGUAUAUAAAGAUGUACACUGGCGGAGUGAGCUCAUUGGCUGAGCAGAUAGCCAAUCAGCUUCAAAGGAAAGAACAGCCCAAAACCCUUCUAGACAAGAAGGAACUGGGCUCGAUAAAGAAGGAGUUCCCACAGAAUUUAGGAGGCAGCGACACGUGCUACUUCUGUCAGAAGCGGGUCUACGUGAUGGAGAGGCUGAGUGCUGAGGGCAAGUUCUUCCAUCGGAGCUGCUUCAAAUGCGAGUACUGCGCCACUACCCUGCGCCUCUCGGCUUACGCCUAUGACAUCGAGGAUGGUAAAUUCUACUGCAAACCACACUACUGUUAUCGACUCUCCGGCUCCGCACAGAGGAAGAGACCGGCAGUGGCUCCUCUGUCUGGAAAGGAGGCCAGAGAACCCCUGCAGGAUGGCCCCACUGUGGACACAAAUGGACGGGCCAGCGCCGUUGCCAGCCCUGCUGAGAGAACCCCAGGUUCAAGUGUGAAUGGCCUGGAAGAGCCUAGCAUUGCUAAGAGACUCAGGGGUACUCCUGAAAGGAUUGAGCUGGAGAACUACCGCCUGUCUGUGAAACAGGCAGAGGAGCUGGAGGAGGUGCCCGAGGAGACACAGGCUGAGCACAACCUGAGCAGCGUGCUGGACAAAGGCGCAGAGGAGGACGUGGCCAGCAGCAGUUCUGAGUCCGAGAUGGAGGAAGAGGAGGAGGAGGAAGAGGAGCCUCUGCCCACCUCCGACCUGGGCGGUGUUCCUUGGAAGGAGGCUGUGAGGAUCCAUGCCCUUCUGAAAGGAAAGAGUGAAGAGGAGCUGGAGGCCUCAAAGAGCUACGAGCCUGGGAAUGAAGAGGAGGAAGAGGAAGAGUAUGAGGAGGAGGAAGAGGAGGAAGAAGAAGAAUAUGAGGAGGAAGAGGAAGAGUCUAGUGAAGAAGGGGAGUAUUGCCCCUGGGACAGAGAACUCCUGCAAAGCCAGUGGCUCCAGCAUCUGUCAAAGGAAGAAGAUACGGGUACAUGUAAAGUCGGGAGCCAGAGGCUACAGCAGAUCAUAAAUCCAGCCGACCCCUUGGAGAUCCAGGCUGAUGUGCACUGGACACAUAUUCGAGAGAAAGAGGAGGAGGAGCGAAUGGUACCAACCUCUGAGUCCUCCACUUCUAGAGUGCCUGACCUUCCCUCCAUUCGCCGCGCAGCAGUGCAGGCCUGGCUGGAGACAGUCUCCGGAGUCCCAUUUGAUGAGAAUGACCUGGAGGAAGAUGUGGACUCGGAGCCGGCAGAGAUAGAAGGGGAGGCAGCGGAGAAUGGGGACACAGGGGACACUGGUGCUGAGCUGGAUGAUGAUCAGCACUGGUCUGAUGAUAUCCCAUCAGAUGCCGAAACAGAGCUUCGCAUGCAGCACCAGGCAGCAGUGGAGGCGGAGCUGGAGCUGAGGGUAUCGGAAAAUGAGGAGGAGCAACCUGCCACCACACCAGGGCACCAGGAGAGAGGUCCUGCCCAAGUCCCCAGCCCUCCCCGAUCCCCUGAGGAGCAGGCUGGUCUGCUCUCCCCAGGCCACAGCCCUGAGGCAGAGGGGGCCCGAAUCCCACUUGCCUCUGUUGCUACCAAGGUGAAAUUGCCCAAGGAGAGCCUUUUCCCUGAGCCUUUGCUCCCCAAAGAGAAGCCCAAAGAAGAAGUGCCCAGUGAUGAGAGAGCUGUGCACUCUCCUAUCCGAUCACAGCCAGUGGCUCUGCCAGAAGCCAGGACACCUACCUCCCCAGUUAGUUCACAGCACCUGUCACCGCUGGCCACCUCUACCCCCACCACUACCCAGCUCCCCAUUUGCUCCCAACCCCAGCCUUCCUCUGAGGCCACUGUCCCGUCCCCCACCAAGUCCCCCAUAUGCUUCCAGCCCAUUCCAGCCAAAACACCCAUCCCCCUGGCUCCCCUCCCCUUGAAGACCCAAGGGGACACCAAGGACAGACUGGGCAGCCCUCUUGCUGUGGAUGAAGCCCUGAAGCGGAAUGACCUGGUGGCAGAGUUCUGGAUGAAGAGUGCCGAGAUCCGCCGUAGCCUCGGACUCACACCCGUGGAUCGGAGCAAGGUGUCCGAGUCCAGCUUCCCCUCCCCGGCCUUUAAACCAGUGUCCCUAAAAUCCUAUUCAGUUGAGAAGUCUCCUCAGGGUGAGGGGCUCCAGCUUCUAAAACCUCCACCUAUUCCUAAGAGGCUGGGCCUGCCGAAGUCAGAUGGCGACCAGCCCUCGCUGCCAACCCCCAAGUCCCCAUCUGACAGAGAGCUGAAAAGCUCCCAGGAGGAGAGGAGAGACCUGUCGAGCAGCUCUGGGUUGGGCCUUCAUGGGAGCUCCUCCAAUAUGAAGACCUUGGGCAGCCAGAGCUUCAACACCUCUGACUCCACCAUGCUCACUCCUCCUUCAAGCCCACCCCCACCCCCACCCCAGGAUGAGGAGCCUGCAACUCUUCGAAGGAAGCCAUAUCAGAUUUAUGAGCAUAAGGAGACCGAGCCCAAGGCCUCAGUAAUCCCACCCCCACCACCUGCAGCCUUUAUGAGGGCCCCCCGAGAGCCUGCCCAGCCCCCUCGAGAAGAGGUGCGGAAGUCGUUUGUGGAGAGUGUGGAUGAGAUCCCCUUUGCUGAUGACGUGGAGGACACCUAUGAUGACAAGACAGAGGACUCGAGUCUGCAGGAGAAGUUCUUCACACCCCCCUCUUGCUGGUCCCGCACCGAGAGGCCCCUCCAUCCACCCCUAACCAAGGAGAAUGGUAGGUUGCCUACUCUGGAGAGUGGGGUCCAGCCACAGAAGAGGGUCCUGCCCUUAGUCUCUCCAGAAGCCAAGGAGCUGGCUGAGGAGCGCAUGCGAGCCAGGGAGAAGUCUGUGAAGAGCCAGGCGUUGAGAGACGCUAUGGCCAAGCAGCUGAGUAGGAUGAAGGAGAUGGAGAUGGCGGCUGGGACCUCCAGGCCCCCAGGAGGCACCUCCCGCAAAGCCUCCUCAGUUCCCUCCAAGGGCAAAGAACUUGGCCUCGAGUCCCCUAAACGCCCGGUUCUCAAAGGCCCCAGGGAGCCCACCCUGAAGCAUGAAGCCACUAGUGAGGAGGUCCUCUCCCCUCCGUCGGACUCAGGGGGCCCAGAUGGUUCAGUCACCUCAUCCGAGGGCUCCAGUGGGAAGAGCAAGAAGAGAUCGUCACUCUUCUCCCCCCGCAGAAACAAGAAAGAGAAGAAGUCCAAAGGUGAGGGCCGGCCCCCAGAGAAGCCCAGCCCAAACCUCCUGGAGGAAGCAGCCGCCAAACCCAAGUCCUUGUGGAAGUCAGUCUUUUCUGGGUAUAAGAAGGACAAGAAGAAGAAGGGUGAUGACAAGUCCUGUUCCAGCACCCCUUCCAGCGGUGCCACUGUGGACUCUGGCAAGCACAGGAUGUCUCCUGUCGUGAGAACAGAGCUGCAGCUGCGGCGCCAGUUGAGUUUCUCAGAGGAUUCUGACCUCUCCAGUGAUGACAUCCUUGAGAGGUCCUCCCAGAAGUCCAGGCGAGAGUUGAUUUAUGUACCACACGCCUUGGCAUUCAGGAGAUCAUAUGCAUCAAAGCCAAGAACUUACACAGAGGAGGAACUGAACGCCAAGCUGACCCGGCGUGUGCAGAAGGCAGCUAGGAGGCAGGCCAAGCAAGAGGAACUGAAGCGGCUACACCGAGCUCAGAUUAUCCAGCGGCAGCUGGAGCAGGUGGAGGAGAAGCAGAGGCAGCUGGAGGAAAGAGGGGUUGCUGUGGAGAAGGCACUCCGUGGUGAAGCAGUUGAGCCCAGUGGCGGGACUCCACGGCGUAGACCUCUCUCCUUCUGCCCUUGCUGUGUCCAGGAAGGCAUGGGCAAGAAAGAUGACCCCAAGCUGAUGCAGGAGUGGUUCAAGUUGGUGCAAGAGAAAAAUGCCAUGGUGCGCUACGAGUCAGAGCUGAUGAUUUUUGCCCGGGAGCUGGAACUUGAGGACCGGCAGAGCCGACUGCAGCAGGAACUUCGGGAGCGGAUGGCUGUGGAAGAUCACCUGAAAACCGAGGAGGAGUUGUCAGAGGAGAAAAAGAUCUUGAAUGAAAUGCUGGAGGUGGUGGAGCAGAGAGAUGCCCUCGUGGCCCUGCUAGAGGAGCAGCGGCUCCGGGAAAAAGAGGAGGACAAAGACCUGGAGGCCGUCAUGCUGUCUAAAGGCUUCAGCCUGAACUGGUCCUGAGUUCUACCCGUGCUCUGGCUGGCUGGUCUGUGGCAUCUGCCUGAGCCAAGCUGGGUUCUUCCAAAAACCACCCGGAUGCAAGAUCUGAGAAGACCUGGCACCUCCUGGGAGUUUACACUCAAAUGUCUACGUGCCUCUUGAAAAGUGGGUCAAAUGUCUGUGCUAUGGGGAACCCCAGGCGAGGAUGAUUAUCUGAGGUGGCAGAGCCUCCUUGGAAGAGGCCCACCCUGACUUCCCGCUCCAGAGAGAGAGGAACACAGAGCAUUUGACACAUAACGCAGGAAAAGGAGAACCUGCACGCUCCCCAAGGACGCACGGUGACUGGUGCCCCUUCCACGGGAGGAGGUAAGAGACGGAAGCUGCCCCCUCUCUGGCAGAACCACAGCCGCCAGGGUGUGCCUCCACAGAGCAGAAGGGACGGCCAUCGUCUUCAUGUUCCCUGAAGCACCACCAAAGAAGUGAAGAACACCCCCCAGGAGGCAAGAUGUGAAUCAAAACCUGGGAGGGGGCAGUGGCCAGCAGGUCAGUGCCUACGCCGGCAUCACAGGAGGACCUGAAGGCGGGCUGGCUCCCGAAUUCAUUAUGCAAGAAGGAGGACCCAGGAGGGGUCUGCUCCCCGGCACCCCCGCACCACACACUGGACCCCUGGUGGCCAAAUGUCCCAGGCCUCUCUCUGGCUCUGGCCUGAGACCUGUGGAUUGCUGCAUUCUGCUUUUAAUUCACAACAAUUUUGACACUGGAAAAUACUGACUUUGGGGGACAGGAUGAGGCCUGACAUUUCAAGCCCCCACUUGACAGACAGGCGUUGUCACUGUUCAACGCUUCACGUCGGGGCAGGAGAUUAUCUUUUUCCUUGACGUUUUUCCUGUGUUUGCACAUUGAAAUGAAGCUGACAACCUGGCAAGACGCUCAGCCGCUUCGGACCCUUUUUGUCAAUUAACUUAUUUUUUUAAUACUUGAAAAGAAGUAACUUCAUUUUUAUAUCUUUACUAGAGACACUGAUCACGUGGCACCCGGUGUAGGAGUGAUGGGGGUGUCUGCUGCGUCCUACACAGUCCCAUCCCAAACUGACUGAAUGCUGUUACAGCUGUCUAUUUAUUAGCCUUCUUCAUCGUGUUGCUGACCCAGUUGGCGUUAGGGAGCAGCUGAGACCCUUGUGUGGGUUCUUAGUUGUAGCUCUUCUGUCCCCUCCUGUACUUUGUGUCUGGCACCUUCUCCUUCACCUGGCUCGCUCUUACUGUGGUACCAAACUUUUGUGUCUGCACCAUUCAUCUGUCAGGGGUACAUUUCAGCACUGUUUGAGGCCAGGCCAAAAGGCACAGAUGUCACUCACAUCUCUCUAUUGAACCCUGGCUCUGCAGAACCCGUUUUUUUUUUUUUUUUUUUUUUUUUUCCUCUGCUUUGGUGCCAGGGUUUCACCUCCCACAGCAUAUUUAUUAAAGUUUGGGGGUAAGUCCUUUUCCAAGCUGGCCGAGACAGUGUAUGGUGGGACCCUGUAAUCCAUCUAGUUGAUGAGAAUUCCCCUCAGCCCAGCCUCAGGUCCCACCAGACAGAGAUGCAAGUGUUGUAGCACAUAUUGGAAUUUAGGUUGGUCUCUCACAGUUAACGCCAUCCCAGACCUCCUCUGCACCCAGAUCUCCAUGGGGAGGCAGGGGUAAUGAGCACCAUGUAACCAGCUCCUUGAGCCAAACUGCUCACUUCUCCUAGUUCAACCAGAGACUGGCCUUGUGCAGCUCAUAGAGCCAUGGUGUGGGAAAAUCUGGUGGCACAGGGCUUGUCCAGCCACACAAUGACAUGCGGUCCACCCAGGGAAGAUUCCUGUCAGGGCCAGGCCAAUCCGGGAGGGUCCUCUAGCAGAAGACUUCUGGUGGAGAGGGGCCAGUGUAGAGAGAACAGAGGCCUGGCAGCUCUUCAAGGCAGCCUAGAUCAGGUGUCCGUGCUGACUUUGGAACCUCCAGGGGGACCCACACCAUGCCUCAACUUGAACAUUCAUUCUUGGUACAAAGGAGCAAAGAACCUGUCUUAACUCUUCACUUUGUCCGAAGGCUGCCAUCUCUCUCCUGUGGAAAUCCAGAUGUGCUGCUAGCAGCUGUCACAGCUCUGACUUCUUCACUUUCUGUUUUCUGAUGAGACAGAAUCUCCAUUUUUAUGCUUUUCUUAAAAAGGGGAGGGGUGGGUGUUCUAGAUUCUAUCUUUAAACCUCAACCUUCCAGUAAAAUUGGACUUGAGACAGGACCUUCAUCAGGCGGCCUUGUCCCUAAGCUGCUUCACCUCUUGAAUGCCACCUUAACUAGCCAAGCCCCAGGAGAGCUGUGCCUGCAUCCCUUGUGGCUCCUGCUAAUCCCAGAACAAGGAAGCAGUUUACGAAGUGGCUGGUAAGGGAUGCAGCAGCCAUAGCGAUGUGCUGUAAGUAGCUUAAUGUAGCAGGAGCACCAGAUGUUACCGUCUGCCCUUGCUGCCGGCCAGUACUGGUCAGCCUUUUAACACUCUGCACUCUGCUGAAGCACACUGCUGGUUAAUAGAAGGGAGACUGAAGACUCUGCAGAGAAGCUUCAAAAAUCCACCAGCCUGCAAAAUGUUUGCCAGUUCUCCACUCCCAAUGGUGUUGCGACUUCAGGUUCUAGUAGUGCACCUUUUUUUUUUAAAGCUCCCAUUUUAUAACCACUAGUUUGCAGUUUAUUUUAGUACCCUGGUGACAUGCUGCGUGAAAUGUUUUCCAACUCUGGAAAUGCAUGCAGCUCCAGGCAGGUCCCCUUCCUGACAUUUAAGUCCUCUUGAAGGCAGGAGACAGAGAAUAUAUAUAUAAAUAUACACACAUCAAUGUGUGUGUAUAUAUAUGUAUGAAAUGCCAGAGUUUGAGCCCAAACACAAGGCCAAUACAGUGGACAACCAGUCCAGUGUCACUAGAGGGAAGGCUGUAGGCACCCCUACUCCUGAGUCUAAGGGACUCCAUGUGAGGUUCUAACCCUGCUCAGGUGAUAUAUUUGGGCCUUUGCCCUCAAACUAUCCUCCAGUUGCUUUUGACCAGCAAUGAUAGACUAUCCUUUCAGAAGAAGAAAUUUUUCAGUGGGGCAGGAGGUUUAAAGGAAAAAAAUUGGAAGGUGGUAAUAACUGAGCUGCCAGUUAGGCAGAAGGGGAAUGGGCCAUUUUAUGCGCAAUAAAAGUUCUUAAAAGAAAUACAGAAUAUUUCUUUUUUUAAAAAAAUUUUUUUCAAUGUUUAUUCAUUUUUGAAAGAGAGAGACCGAGCACAAGCACACCACAAGGGGUGGUGUGGAGAGAGAGGGGGACACAGAUUCCAAAGCAGGCUCUAGGCUCUGGGCUGUCAGCACAGAGCCCGAUGCAGGGCUCAAACUCACAAACUGUGAGAUCAUGACCUGAGCUGAAGUCGGAAGCUUAACCGACUGAGCCACCCAGGCGUCCGGAAAUACAGAGUAUUUCUUAGGUCAUUUUACUGGACUUGGCAGUGAGCCAGGAUGCAUUUCCACAUUCCACUACCUGCCUCUCUUAGGGAGAUGCUGUCCAUGCACAUCAUUUAUGUCUGGCAUAUGCAUGGGUGUGUGUACAAGGUUGUUUAAAGAACACAACUUUGUUUUGUUUUUUGUUUUUUAGUUUGUGCUUUUUUUUUUUUUAGUCCUUCAUAUUAUCCUGGCUCAGCCCCCAACUGCUAUCAUUUGAGAAAAUUCCUGAAACAAUUUAGUGUGAAAAGAAGCUAUUCUUCAAGUCCAAGUGGUCCUGUGGUCCUGGCAGCCUUCUUUGCCAGCACGGCUUCUGUGCCUGCCUCACCUCUGUCCUUUGAUACAGCUAACCGGGAAGCCCAGUGGCAUGGGGUCUGCGGCCUCCAGGUCUAAAUUGUUUAGAUGUGUCAGUGUCCCCAUCUACAUUCAGCAUAGGGUCUUGGAGAGAUGAUGUCACCCAUCUUUAGACUGGAACCAUCCCCAAAGGAUUGAAGGCAAUAAUCCUGAUGAACUCUUCUCUCUUCACUACAAGAAGCCUCUUGGGUUAGUCUCCAGAUGGAGACACAUUCCAGCUCUUUUCCCCUUCUCUGGUGUGUUGACCUGUCAGGAGAUAGCUGACUUUGUUGUCACCCAUAGAACUAAUCCCAAAGGCACAAGGCUUCCCUCUGGGGCAGUAACAGACAGCAGGGAAAGAAAAAAUGGCACUAGAUGUGUUGAGGUGAGCCUUGCCCAGCCUAGAGGUCACUGCCAUGGAAGCUGGCUCCUAGAGCCUUUCAGCUUUAUUGCCAGCUAUCCCAGAAAGAAGAAAGGACCCUAUCUUAGGUAGAAAAAAAUAUAACUAGCUUGAGUGAAUAUUCUGUGGCUAUGUAUGACACAUGCUUAUUGGGAAAGGCUGGAGUUUGGUAGUCACCUGUGCUGAUCCCAGUCACCUUUUGUUCCUCAGAGGUCUUGCUUUGAUUAGAGCUGGAAACAAGCAGGAUUUGACCACAGGUCACAGCAGCCCCAGGUGGCAGGAAAUGAUGGCUGCUGUUUUUGGCAGGCAACAGAAAGGAACGCUACAUAAGCCCUAUGUAAGUGCACCUCAGAAACACAUACCCCCUUUCCUUCCAAGAAACUCUGAAGGAAAUGUCUUAUGUCUCUGAAAUCCCCCCUGAACCCUUCUUAGGAAUCAGAGUAAAAAAUGGUAAAUGGAGAGAAUGUUUUGUUUUAUUUUACUUUAUGAGCUGGCCAGUCCCCUUAAGGAGACUCCCUUCUCUGUGUUAUCUGCUCAAAAGAUCCCCUCCCAGCAAUGCUAGUGAAGAGGGUAAGAAACCAUCCUCUCAGGUGGAUUUUGUCCCACUGAAACAUCAGCCCAGGGGGCCAGAGCUGCACCUCAUACACUAAACCAAGGAGCCUGUUAGACCAGGUGCCCAGGGUCACAAAGACCUUUUACACUCCCAUAUGGACCACCUAUUGCUGUCAAACUUCACCAGGUAGCAUUUUGUGACAGCCCCACUCCUUGUGUCCUCUGCCCUGAGGUCUUAUAGGUGGGGCUUAAACAAGGAAGCUGGAGUCCUGGCUUCUGUGGGAGGCCAUGUGUGCUGGCUGCCUCUGCCUGAGAAGCCACCUUAUUACUAAGACAUAUGGAAGAGGAGACUGCGUCCCAUGAUGCAUGCAUAUACAUGUGUGCACAUGUGCGCACACGCACCUUCUUUUCAUGGUCAGUAUGCCCUUUCUGAACCAGUGUGGACCUCUAGCUCUAAAGGAGGCUGAAUAUAAGCCUUUGGACCCAGGAGGGUCCAACUGAGGGUCCAGGCUAAAGCAGGAUCUAAGUUGAGGAUCUUGUAACAGUAAACAGCUCAGCGCCUGGAGGAUUACAGUUGCAUUGAAUGGUCUCCCACAUAGGCAGCUGGAGCAUCCCCAGAUCCAGGGGAAGGGUCAUUUAGAGUGCCCAGUACAAGAGUGGGGCUGCCUCAUGCAACUUAUGAAAUGAGAGUAACGUUGCUGGUUUCUGUGUCCACAUGUGAGAGAGUGGUAAGGAAUGUGAGUCGGGCAAGAUUAAGGUUGGCAUUCAGACAUGAAACUCAUUCCUGCCUCUUCCCUGACUUCAGAGGAAGCCUUAGGCCUAUCACUUAACUUGUCAGUGCCUCCCUCCCUGGUAACCAACCCACAGAAUCCAUGGGAGGGCAAAGCAUUGAAGGGUUUGAGAUUCUUCAAUCAGGGCCUUUGUAGAUGAGCAGACAUCUUUCAUGAUGGUAACUAAUGUUCACCUUGAAGAAACCUGAGAAGGACUGAGGGGAAGCAGUCCCAGCACCUCUAGGGUCUGGCUCCCUACUACCCGGGUUCAUCGCAGAUCUAUCUGGUGAGCCAACGGAGUUGUGCAUUUACUCUUAAUUACUUAAAAUGCUGGGCUGAAUCUUCUGUUUCCUCUCAGGAACUUAACUUACUCAUGACAGGUUGAUGUAGAUGGGCAGUGUUUCCAGAACCUUCAGAUGGGUCGCUGCUGGAUGCGUGCCUGAGGCUGGAUGAUGCUGAGCCUGAGUCAGCACUCAGUGCCUUACUAGGAACAAACCAGCACUCUCAGUUCAAGAGGACAACACUCCAGUCUUUUUCCUCACACCCGCCAGCCACCUCCACCUUCAUCUUGAGGCAGCUCCACCAGACCUGCUCUCCCAGCAGUGACUCCAGGGGACAUACCACAGGUCCCUAGUCCUCCAGAGUCAUUACCAAGGAGAAGGGGUUCAUCCAAGUGAAAGCUAGGGUGUAUUAGUAUUAUGGUGCUGAUCAAAAGCCAAAAGAACAAGGGUUCACUCACAUGCACCACGGGCAACUGGCACAGCAAGUGACAAGAAAAAGUGAGUUUCUUGGUGGGGAAGUCUGGAUGAAUAUCCAGCAUCUGGCAAUGUGGCCUUCAGGUUGUCUCCCUAAGAGUUUAAAUGCCAGGUCUUUCCCGUGGGAGAAAAAAACAAGAAGCACCUGACAGCCAACAGCCCUCUUUCCCCAGCUGCAUUUUAUUUAAUUUUUUUUUUAAUGCUUUUAAAGAAUUAAGUACCAUUUUAAAAAUGUAACCAGGGCCAGACUUACUUGCCAGCCUUCAUAUUGGGACAGAAUACUGUUUCUGGCCCUAGAAUUAACAUUUUAAGUCUUCAUCACAUUGUUCUUAAAAUCACCUGUAAAAAUCCGGUUGGGGAAGCAGAAGGGUGAGGCUGGAAGAUGCUGGCCCUGGGUCAGCACUUGGUGCCUUAUACCAGUUUGGGAACAAACCAGCACUCAGCUCGGUCGGUGGGGGUUCAGGGGGACACCUCAUUCUUUUCCCUGAUGCCUCAUCUACAGCCCAGGGGAUCCAGAAUUGGUAGAGCCUUAACUCCUGAGGGGUGGUCACCCCAGACUGUCUCUUCUGAAUGAAUCACCCCAACAGGCCUUGGCCCCUGCUCCUGGAAGAUGCAGAGAGCGGUCCCAGGACACCCACCAAGUUCUCCUAUGGGAAGAUAUUUGGAAGAAGCAUCAAGGUCAGACGAGUUUUCUGAAACACCGUGCCUGAGGAGAGUAGGUAGAGGGUAUGCCUGCCAUGCUGACCGCAGUGGUUGACAAUGUAAAAUAAGUUCAUGCCUAUGUAUGUGAAGAGCCCCGCCGACCCUGUUCAUGACUUUUAGAGUCAUUAGUGGGAAGGAAAGAGGGAAACAAGUAGAAAGUAACUUUUCAGUUUGGUGUAGCAGGGUCCACACUGAACCUCUGGCUGUUUGCACUCCUGUUGUGGGCAACAACCAAAAUAAAAUCGGUCAUUAUUUUUUU